AGGAAAUUCACAAAAAUGGAAGCGAACACCGACUUUAGCCAGUUUUGCGCGAAAUUAAAGAACGAAAACUAUGUGAAACACGUGAAGGCCUUGCGGGAUUUGUGCGUCACCAAGUCGGUGAUGAAGCCCACGACGUUCUUCGAGAGUCUGCCGAAAAUGAUGGAGGAGGAGGCUGCGAAAGCACCACCAAACAAGGAGUUGGGCACGGUGGCCGACUAUGCGGAGCUCUUCAAGUCGCUCGACGAGUAUCCCAGUAACCUGCAGAAGAUCCCCAAGAAGCGAGAGACGCAGCGCGCUGCCUCCUUGGAGCAGCCGGAACUGGCGGAGGGCAUGAAGCGCCUGGAGGAGCAUCGCAGUGCCGCCGAGGUGUACAACGAGUUCAAGGGGUUCCAACGGAAGCUGGCCAAGGCCUACGAAGAGGCAGCCGCCCUUCAGAAGGAAGAGGCCGUGUACAUAAAGAAGCUUGCGCAGCUGCAGACCUUUUCCCAGCAGAUAGAAAAGCUAAUGCCGACGGAGGCCGAGGCACCGCCAGAUGCAUUCACAGCCGAUGAAGAGCAGAAGCUGAUGGCAAUCGCCGAAAGCAUGAAGCAAUUGAACUACUUGCGAUCGAACCGUCUCCAGCUGCCGCAUCCAAGCGAUGUUUUAGCUGGUGGCAGCCUGGUCGCACGCCUGGAAAUGUUUGUGGAGGUCCUCACCUUCACUCUGAUGCAAAUAUGCUCCUACACUGCGGCUUGAUACAUAUUAUAGAUUUAUUAUUAUUCAGCUAUUUAACAAUAAAUUCUACGGCAAGUCGUCGUCCUCUGCAUCGAGA